AUGCUCCAUGUACGAUCCGCGCAGUGGGAAGAACUCCCCUUCCUAGCCUCGAUUGGCGUCCAAGCAUUCGAAGAAGACCCCUGCUACCAGCACUUCUACCCUUUCCGCAAGUUAUUCCCCGAAGACUGGCGCAGUAGCUUCCUCCGCAGGCUCCAAAACGCACUGGCUGAUCCGUCACAAUACCUCUUCGUGGCACAACGUGUGGACGCAGGCGACCCUACGAGGUAUAAUCCGGAAGAUGUCAUCGGAUUUGGCUUGUUGAAACGACAAGGUCCGGGCGCAGCGGCACUGAAAGCAUGGAAUCCUCCCAAGCCGGACGUACCGCCUGAAUUUGUUAAGACGGGUGACUCGAGAGGUAAGUGCCAAAAUGUCCCUUCUCAUUGAUACCGCUCUGUCCGCUGAAGACUGUUCUACUACCAGUGCAAGUAAAGGACAGAAGCGUCGACGAAGCUACCAUUCAACGCUUCUACGAUGAAGAGGUGGCUAUCCUCGGAGGCCCUGGCAUCACCGUCCUUGAAUGCACCACUCUUGCCGUGUUGCCAGGUCAGCAGCGUUCGGGCGUUGGAAAAGCCCUCCUGGAAUUCGGCUUCGAUCAAUCCGAGCAGGUCGGAUUGCGAAUGACCGCAGAUGCGUCGGCCAAAGGCAUCAAUUUGUACCUCCGUAUGGGCAUGUCGAUUGUGGGCAACAUUCGGCUGCCAAACAAGACGGCACAAGCCGUCGAUGCCGACGGGCGGUCGGUUGUGGUCCAAUUACCGGAGGUCAACAUGCCCAUCAUUCACUACAUUCCAAAGUCAAUGUCGAGGGCAAAGAGUCAGCUCGAGUCGUGCAUUAGAAGCGCAUAA